UCAGAUCACUUUGGCAGACAGGUGCGUCCAAAGCCUAUUGUAAAGGCGCCCUCUGUAAUCUCUAAACACUGGUUAAACUUUCAGUGGUUUCCAUAGAGAUAUUACCACGGCUCAUUCAGCCCUCCAGGGAGAUUAUUACAAAGGCUUUCCACAAACAGAAAACCUGUUAUGACCCAGAACAGCUGCCUCCAGGUACACUAUGUCAUCAGCUUUCCUUACGAGCUGUCUUCAAACUUUUAAACUGAGCGACGUAUAGAGGGGAAGACAUUGCUUUAAACUUCUAGUCCAUGAACAAAGGCAAUCCUGAGAGCCCAUGUAUCACACCCGGAAGUGAGAAGUAUUUUAACUGCGUUACAAAGUAACAAUCUUCCGCAUCUCACCUCCAGACUGAGCUUCUGACAGAAAAAAAUACAUGCUAAUGUGAACUUGUACCCAGAUCUCUCAGUCAUUAGGAGACCUGAUACAUGGUGGUUACAAUGUAUUCAAGAACAACAUCAGCACUUUUUGCCAUCAUUAUCUGCACUUCUGCAGUUUGGAAGGUUAAAGCUACAACAACUGGAGUGACUCCGACUGAGGGCUAUUCUAAUGCAACAGCUUCAGUAACCACAGCAAAUGUGCCUUCUGACACACCAGCAGAAACUACACUUUCUCCUGUCUUGUAUUCAAGUCCUAAUUCAACAUUCAGUCAUGACAACACGAAAGCUGUGCACUCCACUGAGAUGUCACUUCUUACUACACCUACACCUAUGACGAACAGUACCGAGGCUGGAUCCAUCACCACAGCCCCCUCAACUUUAUCGUCAUCUCUGGCUGUAUCGGUGACUGGAGAUGUGAGCAGCACAGUUAAUAAGAGCAAUAACACAACAACUGUCUCUCCAUUCCAAGAAAUAUCAACUCAAGGCAAUACACCAGUGACUCUGACAUUCCCAGUGGAGGAAAACUCAACGUUAGUGUCAGGUGUAAAAAGUAGUGGUAUGAAAUACUCGGAGACAGUCUUGACAUCCAUCUUUAGCACCAUCUUAGUUGUGGUAUUGUUGACUAUUCUCGCCUUCUGUUUCAACAAAUACAGGAAAGGAAGAUCUCAGUACUCUCACCACCCUCUACGUGAAAAUGUGUAUGAAUCAGAGGGAUAUUCUCCACCUGAUGAUACUCUUGUGAUCUCUGGAGGACUAUAUGAUGCACCCCGGAUUUAUAAUCCCAAUAUGACAGUUUUAGAGGAAGAUGAAUCCCAGCAUGACUAUGUCUCAUUCAGCGGCAGACCAGGCCAAUUUAGACUGGAGUUUUUACCCGGAGAUAAGGACAUGGAUCCAGCAUAUACCGGUUCCUUAAGAAGAAAUGUUUGAUUUGAGAUGCACUUUAACUGAUGGGAACCAAAAGUUCUUAUUUCUUAGGUUCUAUGAAUUGCCUUAAUGAGUUGUUUGUUUUAUAAACACUGGCUUAUGACCAUUAACUAGCAGUUAACCAGUUCACGUCUUAAGUAUACCUGAAAUGUAUGUAUGUUUGCCUAGUAUCAGGUUCUCUUUCAAGUGCCUUUUUUUUUUUUUAUCAACUAUGAUAUAUUUUUUCUCAUUGUCAAAACAGUUAUAAUGGGGCUUUCCAGUAGUUCAAUACUGAUAGCCUAUCCUCAGACUAGGUCAAUAAUAUUUGAUAACUGGUGGUCCGACACCUGGCAUCCCUGUGGAUCAGAUACUUAAGGAGGCUGCAGUGCACUGCAGCCUCCUCACAGCUUACAAAGAACAGCGGUGUACAUUGUAUAGUGACUGUGCUUGCUAUUGUAUCCCAAGUUCAUUCACUUGAAUGGGACUGAUCUGCAAAUAGGCACAAGACCAAUGAACAAGAUGUCAAUGGCACUCACUGCAGCUGCAGUUCUUCAAACAGCUGAUUGGGGGGGUGCUGGAUGUCGGACCCCCACCGAUCAAAUACUGAUGGCAUAUCCUGAGUCUAGACAUCAAUAUUGAACUGAUACAAAAUAUCUGAGUGUCAACCCCCCCACACACACACACACUCUAUUAAAUUUAUAUUUUGUAUCUUCCUUCCCAUUCCAAGCAUGCACCACUGGAUUCUUACUUGGCUUCCAGAUGUGGGCCAUGUUGGUAUUUUUAGCUUUAGGGCACCUGCACACUAUGCGGAUAACAUUCGGUUUUUCCAUGCAGAUUUUUGUGCUGAAAACUACAGCAUUAUUUGCAGAUUUUUUUCUGGGUGGAAAUUGACCUGCCAUGCAGAUUUCAAAAUCCACAGCAUGUCAAUCAUGUGUGCGAUUUUAGCUGUGGAUUUCAUCCUUUUCUAAUGAAGGGUGAGAUCUGUGGCAAAAGCACAACUAAACUGCACCAAUUAGAAAUUGCAGAUUUUGGUGCAGAUAUGGUGCAUGUUCCAUAGAUGAAUUACAUGAUCCAGGCACUUAUGAUGUCCCAUACGUUUGAGGAGUGGGUUUCAAGCAAAUAAUUAUGGGAGAAAAGUACAGGGUGACAGCGGAACUGGAGAUGAAGGCAUGUGGACAGACUUCAAAAAGUAUAUUGAAAGUACCUUGAUUAACCUAGUUUAGAGCAGGGAAAGGAUAAAAGUUGCGUUUGGGUAAACACCUGUAAUUUAAGCUAUGAAAUGCCUAACUAUCAUAUGCACCAUAACGCAAUAAUAUGCUUUAUUACUAAAUAUUGCUUUUGUUCUGCAAUUGUUUAGUGUCUAAACCAUUAUGCAGCACAAAUGAUAAAACAAUGCACAAUAAUAGUGCUUGUAAUUUUCCUGAUAUAGUGCAUUGUACGGUCCAUUCUGCCCUCAUCAUACUCUGUAUAUUAAGUGUCUCUGCUAGAUCCUUAAGAUGGGUUCAUGUGGGAAAAACUGCAGCAAAACAGAUACCCAACAUGCUGCCGCUGGAAUCAGAUAUUUUUCCCUCUGGAGUCAUCCUAAAAUCUGUUUAGUAACUGUUCGCAGAGUCGUGGCAGUGAUACUGAUUUAGAAACAAAGUUACAGAAGUAGGUUGGACAGGAAGCAAACGCUCAACUGAACUAAUACAUAGCAUGCAUUGAAAUCAAUGGGUUGUCUGUGUUAUCCACUCAUAUGCAGGUAAAGAAACAUUUGUAUGGGGCUUAUCUAAACCAGAUAAAGUAAAGGCACUUAACCCUUCCCAUGGCAACCACAUGUGACCACACUGGCUCAGUCUUAACUGACCUGUUCUCUAGGUCAGUAGAAGCAUAACUCUCAACUUAUAAAAAAAAUGAAAGAAGUUAGCUUAGUCUCCGUUGUGCCCCCACUCAGUAAUAGUGUCGCUUUGUAUCCCAUAGCCUUUCACAGUGCCCCAGUGUAAGUGAUCCAACAUAUUAAGUCCCAUUUGAGCUCCCUCAGAGUAAGGAUACCCCUUAGUGCCCUGUAAAAGUAAGAAGCCACUCUGCAGUAGUUAUGCCCCCUUAGUGCCCCCUCAUAGUAAGAAUGGCUCCUCAGAGCACGGUUACAGUAGUUAUACCUCUUUAGUGCCCCAUCAUAGUAGGAAUUCCCCCUUAGCGACCCCUCACAAUAGUGAUACUCAACUUGUCACUUCAGCAGGUGGCAUUACUCACGUAGAGAAAGUUAAUUCAAGGCACUUACUAAUGUAUUGUGAUUGUCCAUAUUGCCUCCUUUGCUGGCUGAAUUCAUUUUUCCAUCAUAUUAUACACUGCUCAUUGCGAUGGUGCAAUCCAUCAGCAUGGCCGUGCUUGCAUACUUUAAAAAAAGCACUAGCCUGUGUGAGCUCCCACAGUCCUGGUCACCAGAAAGGCCGAUAUUUUUUCGUAUAGUGUGCAAGCCUUAGCACCAAUGAUGGAUUGCAAGGCGGUCAAAUGAAUCCAGCCAGCAAAGGAAGCAUUAUGGGUAAUAACAAUACAUUAGUAGGUGGCUUUUAUUAACUUUCUCUACAUGAUAAAUGCAACUUGCUGAAGUGGCAAAACCUCUAUAAAAUAAAAAAGUAAUACCUUGCCCUAUUCCUCUAUGAGCAAAGUACAUAAUUCCUUGGCUUGUGCUUUCCAAUGCUCAGAGCAGCAGGAAUGAUGACGUCACUGCAUCGUGCUUGCCUGCUGGAGAAAGUACAGACUGGUGAAUGGUGGAGAAGGGAGCACAUGGCUCCUUGAUUCACCUUUGUAUACAAUACAACUGGGAAUUCGGAACAUGAUACAGCCAUCCCAGGACUGUGGGACAUCCACCAAAAUCUGGGACUGGUCUGCUGUAUACAGAAUGGUUGGAUGGACCUCACCAAUUAGUGUUUUUAUGUGGAAAAGUAUCUUAAAAUUAAAAGGUCAAACCAUGUAAGCAGUCGAGGAUUUACAGUCCCAGAUAUCUAAUUGCCAUUCCUGGCUAUAUUUUUCCAUUAGGGCAUUCUUCCUUGAAUACAAUAAUACUGCACACUGGUACAAAAAAAAGGAAACUGAUCUUGCACUUCAAAAAUAUAUGUUAUUUUAUUUAGUAAAUGCCUUUCUAAUGUCUCAAAUAUGCUUCUUGUUGAUACUUUAUAUCUUCUUAAACGUAUUGUAUCUUAAAUAAAGAAAAGGCAGUCGUGCAUGUUCAGGUUGUGAUCUGGUUUGUAGAUGCAGUUUUGAAGCUAAAACUAGUAGUGGAUUUACAAAAAGAGAAGGAAAACUGAUUUUCUCAUUGUUAAUGACCCUUUUAUGACCCACCCCUGGUUUUGACUUCAAAAACUGCAUAAUAAAAUCUGAUCAAGACCUGAACGUGUAAGGGCGACCUAAAGAUUUACAACAAUAGAACAAAAAGUAGAGAUGACAAUAUCCAUUCAAGUGAAAUUAAAUCACCUAUUUUUCUACUUGCUGUUUGGACUGGAUUUUUGGACAUGUGAUUCAGCGUCUUAUUAUGGACUUGUAAUGGUCCUUUCACACAGGCCGAUGUUUUAGACAAUUAUCAUGAACAAGCCAAAUGUUCCCAAUAAUUGCCUGAUCAUAUGAGAAGGUGAGAGUUGCAUUUACUUUAAGCAAUCAUGUCUUCUGUAUGGGGAUAAGAAAAUGCCUCUGUGAUUGCUAGUUCCCCAUAAACAUUUAUUGUUUCUGGACAGAUCACGGUUUACAAUGGGAGAUAUACUGCCCAGAAUCUAUUAUUUUUGGUGCUGUCCAAAUGAUAAUCACCCAAUGAAUGAGCGUUUGCUUGUUCAUCACAUGAUCACCUUUAGGGCUGUUUCAGACAAUCGUGUCUAAUGCAGAAAUCGCGCUCAGUGUUUGAGUGUGAUUCUCAGUUAUGGACACUGCACUUUUUGCAGGAGUGCAUGGCAUUAUAUUAAUUUACAGUAUAAUUCUGUGUGUCCCUGCAUGACCUUACUUCUACAGAAUUAUACUAACAACAUUAUGUCAGUAUAAUUCAGUAGAUACAGGUCAUGCAGAGACACACAGCAUUAUAAAUCAAUAUAAUGCCAUGUGCUGCUGCGAAAAGAGCAGUGUCCACAACGGAGACUCAUGCUCACACAUGGAGCGUGAUUUCCACACUGGACACGCUCAUCUGAAACAGCCCUUACAGAAGGAAAUUAGCAGGAACGAGCAUUACUGUAAACACCCAAUAUUUUACCUGAUGAUCGGUCUGUAUAAAAAGACCUUUAGUCACGUAGUCUUUGAAAUGUGCUGCAGGAUGAUUACUUAUUCAACUUUUUCUGCAGUUUUGCGGAACGGGUGCGGACCCAUGAAUUUAAUCUGUGGUUCCGUUCCUCGGCCCCGCAAAAAAGAGAGAGCAUGUCCUAUUCUUGUCCACAAUCGCGGACAAGAAUAGGCAUUUUCUAUUAUAGUUGCGGCCAUGUGCGGUCCACAAUUUGCGGAACGCACAUGGCCAGUAUCCGUGUUAUGCGGUUCCGCAAAACACUACGGUCAUGUGAAUGCUCCCUUAGAAUGUAGUACGUUGGCCUUACUAUGUAGAGCUAGAAUUUUGUAAGUUAUUGUUUUGCUUCCUUUAACAAUCUUUCUGCGAGAUUAAAGACAACACAAUUUUAUAAAUAAACUGCUUUAAUCAUCA